UAUGUGAAAUGCCGUGAGAUAUCGUGAAGACAGGCUUUGAUGAGCCACGUUAUACAAACUGUAGUACGUAUAUUUGUACUCUCUGGUCUCGACCUGGUGGUCACAUCUCUGUGACCACAUCGGAGUUCCGCGUAAAAUACUCUCUGGUUCCGCGAUCGCAAGCGCAUGUGCGUGCAAAGGGAGCACUAGGGACGGAGAGAAUAAGGAGUAAAUGGGAUGAGUGGGAGUGGGGCGAGGCGGGCGAAACAGCUAAGCCCACUUGCUGCUCAUGCAGCCCCAAUUAGAAAUUUGUAGGGGUUAUGGUAACGAGUAUAUUUGGUGUGUUAUGUUUCGGCAAGUAGUUUAUUUACUCUUGCUGUCGACAGCAGUUGCGGGAGCUUACAAAUAUCAUAUUCGUUAAAUUGUGGAGGUUAAGUGGAACUGUUCUGUCAACGAUGUCACAUUAUUUUCUUUUAUAACUGUGGCCUUUCCUAGGAAUGUAAUGAGUGCAAGUGCAAAGUGUCGCAAGUGUAUCUAUAUACAUACAAGAUCAUGAUUGAUGUUUGUGCAAAAUUAAUUCGAGGCCCGGUGUAUUUGACUGGAGAAUGUGUGGAAUGUUACAUUACUUUUUCAAAUCCACCUGUACCCCAACACAAGAAAUCCCAAAGUAACAGUGAUGUUUUGGAGAGUUUGGCAUGGGCGAGUGUUCAAAUUCACUGUCAGUGUUCUACAAAUAGUAAAGUAGCAUAUCCUGACAGUAAUUCAAUAAGUGCUGAAGAACUUUCAACAUCUAAUACUGAUACUUCAUUUGCACCAUGUCGGGGAGAAAGAGGUCACAUUGUCCUGUCAACAAAACCCCGAAUACUUUUCUGUGACCUUCGAUUAUCUGCUGGCGAAAGUAAAUCGUUACGGCAUCCUAUUUUUGAACUCUAA